CGUGUCAUUGUUAUUGCCCAGACAUUGGUAGAUGCGAAUUCUUCAACUAUUCAAUUUCUCUAAAUAAACUCAUUGAGGCAGACAAACAUAUCGGGGAAAACAACAGAAGUUAUUUCUUCACAAUUACUGUCUCUAAUAAUGCGCUACUUUCGACCACAGAACACGUUGAUGUGUUUGUGUAUGAAGACGAAAAAGAAACGUCUUCCUUUUCAAUGAAAACGGCAAUGACACUAGGGCUUUCACUUACCGUGGCUCUUGUAACAGUUAUCGUGGUUACUGCGAUGAUAUUACGAAGACUACGACACGCAAAACAAACUGAUAAAUCCAGAGCGACCGACAGCCUUGACAACGGUGUAGGUAUAUAUGAUGAACCUAAUCCAGCUGUUGGGAAUCACAUUGAUGACGAAAACAUUUAUCGAUCUUUGGAGAUAUGUGGAUCUAACCACGACUGCAUUGAAAUGUCUACCAGCAAUUGCGACUAUGAGCAGUUGACAGGUGACAAAGAAAACCUCUACGAAAAUGCAAAAAAAAACAACAUCUAA